AGCUUAAUUCAGCAGCUUUAAAAAAUCUGGAUUUUACACAAUCCGCAGAGAAGGAAAGGCAAUGGGAGGAACAGGGAGAAGCUUACUCACUCUAUCCAUCUCCUCCAAUAUCAUCUCUCAUUCUCUUUUCUCAUCAUAUAAACACUGCUCAUAUCCCAAAUUGGUUUUUCCUCUUAGGGUUUUACAAGGGUUUAGGCCAUUGUGCUCUUCAAUCACUACUGUUGAAUCAGAACAAGUCUUAAACCCUACUAGAGAAGCGUUUCUUGAAAAAUUGAGGCUUAGACACCUCAAAGAUGGUCCUAAAAUAUCAGAACUUAAAAACCCACCUUCUAAAUCAGCUUCAAGAUCCGUUGGUAAUGGUGAAAUUGGAGAGGGUUCUAACAAAAGAUUAAAGAAAACUGAUGUUUCAAAUUUUAGUGAGUUGGGUUUGAGUGAAGAGGUAAUGGGUGCUUUGGAAGAACUGGGUAUUUCAGUUCCUACUGAAAUUCAGUGCAUUGGUAUACCUGCUGUUCUUGAGGGAAAAAGUGUAGUUUUAGGUUCUCAUACUGGGUCUGGCAAGACUUUAGCUUAUAUGUUACCAAUAGUUCAGCUUUUGAGAAGGGAUGAAGAUGUCUCAGGCAUCCUAAUGAAGCCCAGGCGUCCACGAGCUGUUAUCCUUUGCCCUACCAGGGAGCUUUCGGAACAAGUAUUUCAGGUGGCAAAAUCCAUUAGUCAUCAUGCACGGUUUAGAUCUAUCAUGGUUAGUGGUGGAGGUCGAUUAAGACCCCAAGAAGACUUGCUUAAUCUUCCCAUGGAUAUGGUAGUUGGAACCCCAGGGCGCGUUUUACAACAUAUUGAGGAUGGGAACAUGGUCUAUGGUGAUAUUAAAUACGUGGUGUUGGAUGAGGCAGACACAAUGUUUGAUCAUGGCUUCGGUCCUGACAUUCGUAAGUUUUUAGGCCCACUCAAGAACCGUGCUUCUAAACCUAAUGAUCCUGGGUUUCAACUUGUCAUGGUUGCUGCAACAAUGACAAAGGCAAUUCAAAAUCUGAUUGAUGAGGAGUUCCAAGGCAUUGCACAUUUGCGCACGUCCACUCUACAUAAAAAGGUUGCAUCUGCCCGCCAUGAUUUUUUAAGACUUUCAGGAGCUGAAAACAAGCUGGAAGUAUUACUACAGGUUCUUGAACCUAGCUUGUCAAAAGGAAACAAGGCCAUGGUCUUUUGUAAUACUUUGGACUCAAGUCGUGCUGUUGAUCACUAUCUCCGUGAAAAUCAAAUCUACACAGUCAAUUACCAUGGAGAAGUUCCAGCUGAGCAAAGGGUUGAGAACCUCAAGAAGUUCAAAGAUGAAGAUGGUGACUGUCCUACUUUGGUCUGCACUGAUCUAGCUGCUAGGGGACUGAACUUGGAUGUGGACCAUGUUAUCAUGUUUGAUUUUCCCAAGAAUUCAGUUGAUUAUCUCCAUCGCACUGGCAGAACUGCACGUAUGGGUGCAAAAGGGAAAGUGACUAGUUUGGUUGCCAAGAAGGAUGUGUUGUUGGCCACCCGAAUUGAGGAGGCUAUCAAGAAAAAUGAGAGCUUGGAGUCUCUUAGUGUAGAUGGCGUAAGGAGGGAUAUAGCAAGGACCCGUAUAAGUCAACAGCAAGGAAGUAAUAUGAAAAUCUUUAGGACUUCUAGUUCUAAAACCAGUGGUCGAUCUACUUCAGAAAAGUCCUCAGGCGUGCCGAGAAAAAGCAGUGGCAGAUCUACUUCACAAAAAUCCACCGGUAUGCUAGCUAAAGUGGCAGCAACUCGGCCUUCUACAAGGAAAAGUUCCAGUGGUAAACCUGGAAAACCAAUUACUCAAUCAAAAGGAAAAUCUGGAAAACCUGCCAGUCAGUUUAAACCUACAAAGAAGGUCGUCAAGGGAUCAAAGUUUACAAGCUCCAGUUCCUCGAAGAAACCUAUAAAAAUAAGUGUUGUUGGGUUCCGAGGGCGAAGUUCAUCUCCUAGUGAAAAAAAUUAACAUAAAUGUCGGUGAAGUGUUCUUUUCGAGGCUGUGGGAAUUAUAUGUAAAUUUGAAAGAAUUUUUGUCAGAUAAAUCGAGUAUUACAUUUUUUUUUUACUUUAGCAUAGCAGUUUGAUAUAAAAUUUAAUGUUCUAAGGCUCACUUUUUGCAUUGUUGAUGUAACAUACAAAUUAAUAUUGGCUAUGAGUAAAAUUAAAAGAAAUUUCAGGAUAAA